AUGGAUAUUUUAAAUAACAAGAUAAAAAAGAAAAAGAUAUUUUCAGAAGAGAGUAACAGUGAUAAAGAAAAUGAUUCGUAUAAAAUAAAUGAUGAAAAAUUAAUAGAAAAUCAACCGAUUUCGAGUUUUAUUGAAAUAACUGAAAAUAAAAAUAUCAUAAAUAAUAAAUAUGAAAGUGAAAACAAUUUAUUAGAUGAUAAUAUACCAGAGGAAAAUAAAGAAGAAAAAAAAGAAAGUAAUAGUAAUGAAUAUGAUAGUAAUAAAAUUGAAAAUUGUGAAUAUAAGGAUAAUGAAAACCAAAGUAAUGAUGAAGAAUAUAAUUUAAAAGAAAAAAAAAAAAAAAAAAGAAAGUUAAGAAAAAAUUUUCAUGAAAAUAGCAAAGGGGAUUCUGAAGAUUUAAUAGAAAUUGGGAAUAAAGAAUCUAAAAUAGACAAAAAAAAAUUUAUUGUAAAAAAUAAUAAAAGUAAGAAUACAUCUGAUAAAAAAAAUGUAGUUAUGAAUGAUAUAAAUAACAAAUUAAAAAACUGUGAAAUAGUAAAUGAGAAGCAUGAAUUUGAUGAAGAAAAUGAUAAAAAAGAUAAAUACGAAGUAAAGGAAGAUGACAAUAAAGAUAAAAAUUGUGAAGGUAAAAAUGAAAAUAAAGAUAAUUCUGAAAGUGAAAAUGAAAGUGAAAGUGGAGAUAAAAGUAACGAAGAUGAAUAUAAUCAAGAAUUAGAAGAAGAUUUUGAAAAAACAAAAGAAAAAAAAAAAAAAAAAAAAAUAAAAAAUUCCAAACUAAUGGAUGAUACUAAUCCUGAUGAAGACAAAUUAAAAUUAAAAUUAAUUCAAAUAUCUUUUUCAAAAAAGGAAUAUAAUAUUGAAGAAUAUAUUUAUGAGUGUUUAAAGGUGAUGGUUCCAUUAAAUAAGAGAGAUAUUUUUUUAAGUAAUGAAAACAUAAUUUUUGAACAUAUAGAGAACGAAGAUUUAAAAAAAUUAGAAAUUUUAUGGUUUAAUAAUUUAACAAAAAAUAGACAGAAAAGUAUAACUGAUUGUUUCAGUACUUUAAAUAAAUUAAAUAAAGAAAGUAAUAGCAAUGUUAAUAAUAUGAAUAAAGAAGAAAAUUUAGACAAUGAAAGUAAUGUAUGUAAUGAAAACAAAAAUAAUUCAUUAACAUGUCAUAUUUUUGAUCAAAAUAAGGAAAUAAUUAUCGUUGAUUAUUUAGUUGAACUAUGUAAUCAGCAAGUAAAAUUAAUAAAAGAAUAUAUAUCAUAUAUAAAAAAAAAUAUAUAUGAUUUAUCUUCAAUAGUAGAAAAUAAUGAAAAAAUAAAUGAAAUGAAAAUAGUAGAACCAAUGAAAAGAAGAGAAUUAUUUUUUUACUUAAAUAUAUGUAUAUCAAUAAAUUAUGUUCAAGAGUGUUUACCAAAUAUUUAUUCAAUUUCUUCUAGUAUAUCUCCAGAUGUUAGAGGCUUCAAUUUACAUCCGAUGUUUUCUCAUAUUAAUAAAAAGAAAGAACAAAAAAAUGAAAAUGUAGGUAAUCCAUGGGAAAAACUUAAAUUAUUAAAAAAGGGGAAAAAAAAUGACACAUUAAAUAUAAAUGAAUAUAUUAAAAAAAAAAAAGAUAUAGUGUUUAAAGAUGAAAAAGAAAAUGAAGAUAAGGAUAUGGAAAAAGAAAAAAUAAAUUUAGAGGAAAUAAAACAUAUAGAAAAAGGGAAAUUAGAAGAAAUAGAAAAAAAAAAAAGAGAACUAGAAGAAAUGAAAAGAAAAAAAAAAGCAUUAGAAGAAAUUGAAAAAAAAAAAAAAGAAAGAGCUGAUAAAAAGACAUUUAAUAUAUAUUCUUUAUUGGAAUCAGCUGGUCAAUUUUUUGGAGAAGGUCCUAAAUAUUCUAAUCCGAAUAUUCAAGAAUUUCAUAAGUCUAAUAAUAACCAAUUAGUAUAUAUAAAACCACCUGAUAAUAUUGAUGAAAAAAAUAUAUUAAUAAAUUUUUUCUUACAAUUUCCAAGCAUAAAUAAAAAGUUAGAAUAUAAUAAAAGAAGAAUAUAUGCAGAAAAUUAUGGGUUAAUUAAAAUUAUUAAAAAUAAUGAAAAUUUGCCUAUAAAUUUUGAGUUAAAUACACAACCAUGGAAAUUAGAAGAAUAUAAAAAUUUAUGGUAUGAACAAAAUAAACUUAACAAUUUUCAAAUAUGGAAUAUGUCUAAUGUAUUAAAUUAUGAUCAUUCAUCAGAAUAUACUCAAUUUUCUAAUACCAAAACAGAACAAGCUAAUCAAACUGAAAACAUUACUUGUGAAAUGAACAAAAACGAAAAUACAAAAAAUGAAACAAGUGAAAAUGAAAUAUAUAAAAAUGAAAAUAUAAAAAAUGAAACAAGUGAAAAUGAAAAUAUAAAAAAUGAAAUAUAUAAAAAUGAAAAUAUAAAAAAUGAAAAUAUAAAAAAUGAAAAUAUAAAAAAUGAAAAUAUAAAAAAUGAAAAUAUAAAAAAUGAAAUAUAUAAAAAUGAAGAAACACCUAUAAUAAUAGAUGAUUCUGAUAAAAAAAAAAAUACAAAAGACGAAAACAUAAGAACAAAUAAUUUUGAAAUAAAAAAGACAGGUACUAAAAAAAGAAGUGAAAUUUUAACCAAGAAAAUAAAAAAAAUAUGUUCUGCUGAUGAUUCGAAGCAAAUGAAAUUAACAUCUUUUUUAAGUAAGGAUAAAAUAAAUAAAAAUAUAGAUAUAAAAAGUAAGGAUAUAAACAAAAUUAAUGUAGAUGUAAAAGAAGAAUUAAGUAAUAAAUCUGAUUAUAUGACCAGUGAAAACGAAGAACUAGAAUAUAUAUCUUUAAAAAAAAAAAAGAAAAAAAUACUAGAUGAUGAACAAAUUAAUAACGAAUAUAAUACUAAUAAUUUAAAUAAUGACAUUGAAAAAAAAAAGAAUGAAGAGUCAAAUAAUAAUAAUGAAAACGAAAGUAUAAGUGAAGACAAAAAACAAAUAUAUGAGGAAUUAAUUAAAAAGCAAAAAUUUAAGGAAGAAAAAAAAAGAUUACUAAAUGAUAAAAUGAAGGAAAUAUUUGAAUUAGAAGCAGAGGAAAGUGAAGAUGAAAAUAUAGAAGAUCCUGAAGAAAGAAAAAAAGCACAGCUUUUAAAGAAUCAAAAAAUAGAAGAAAAUGAAACAGAAGAUGAUGAGGAAUAUAUCAGUGAAGAUUUCAAUGAAUUUAUAAAUAAUGAAGAAUACAAUAGUGACAAUGAUAUAAUAAAACUAAAACACGCUGAAGAAAUGGAAAAAUUAGAAGAAGAUAUUUUUCUUAAAAAAUUUACCUAUCAAGGAAAAGAAUUUAAUAAAGAAUUAACUAAUAAAGAAAAGUUAGAAUUAGAAAGAGAAAGACAAUUAUUAAGAAGAAAAAAAUUAUUACUUAAUUGUAACAUAGGAAAUGUGAAACUUAGUGAUUUUGAAUCGGAUAGUAGUAGUAAUAGUAGUUCAAAUGAGCCUUUUAAGAAUUCUUUAUAUGAAUCUUUUACUGAAUUUGAAAAUAUAGACAAAGUAAAAAAAAAUAAAAAUUCAUUAGAAUAUUCAUAUAAUGAUAAUGUUUUCAAAAAGGGAGAAUAUAUUAGUGAAGUUGAUGAGAAAAAAAAGAAACAAAUUUUAAAAAAGAUUGAUGAUGUAAUAUAUAGAAAAGAGGUAAAUACAAAUGAAGGUAAAAAAAUUGUUAUUAAAAAAAAAAGAAAAAUUCGUUUUCAUCAAGAUUUAUCUGAUAUAACAGUAACAGAAGAAGAAAAAUUAGAUGAAUAUGAAAAAACAAAAAAGAAACAUAAAAAAGUAAAAAGUAAUGUAAUAAUGCAACCUAGCUCAUUAAAUAUUUCAACUAAAAUAGUAAAUCAUACCAAUAAAGCAUCAAUUAAAUGGAAUAAUAAUAUAAAAGAUAUUAGUGAGUUAGAUACACCAACAAAUGGAGAAAUAUUUAAAGGAUUUAGGAAGGUAGAAAAUGUUCAAUAA